AUGCCCUCCGAAACAGAACCCCUCCUCCCGCGGUAUGACGACGAAACCGCCCGUCAGCGCCGUCUCCACCAAAAGCUACACACCUACCAGAUGCUCCGCGCUAUGGCAGAAGGCUACAUGCCCUCCACUGAGCAAACCAUCGCCAAUCUGCGGACCCUACUAGCGUCAGACGUGUUGAAUCUGCGUAAUCAGGAUAUCGGAUCCGUUGGUCGGUUACUGGUGCGCGAUGCUAGGCUGUUGAUUACGGUGUUGAUUGAAUUCUUGCGGGAGAAGAACGAGGGGGAUCUGUUGCAGGAGUUUUUGUGGAGGUUGGCGAGAUCGAGGGUGGAGGUUGAUGCUGGGCGGGUCGUGGGGAGUGCUAAACGCGUCAAGGCGCGUGCGGAUACUAAAGCAGCAUAUGAUAGCUUUCGCACGGUGGGCAGUUUACUCCUGACGAAUGCCGAUUUCCGUCUCUUUGUCGACGACGUUGCCACGGUUGGUCGCCAGAUCUUUGCUGAUACCGCUGCUUCCCUGUCCGAGACCUCGAAAGAGGUCGCUCGGCAGGUGCAGCCAUCGGACGAAGAGACACAAGCUUUGCAGGGAGCUGGCGCGGACGAGGGACAUGAAGUAUCCCGCGAAGAAUUGAAGGAAGAAGUCGCGAAUGUGGUUGAGAUCGCUGGCAAGGGAGUUGCGCGCACAGAGCAAGCGGCAGUGGAGAGCGCUAAGGAGCAUUUGUCAGGUCAAGAACGGGAUACACUGUUAUACCGACUGAAGCAAGCCGUCUCGAAGCUUCGUCAGCGAACCGACUACACGAAUUCCGUUUCGACUAUCACGCAGUUCAUACAGCGCUACGCAGCUUUAUACGCCACUGCCGCCGAAGAUACAGCUGCAGCGGCGCAGGAAGAUGUCGAGGCAAAUGAGGAUUUCAAAAAGGCAGUUGAUCACUUCUGGAAGUUACUGCGGCUGUUUGGAGACUCCAAGGAGUGGGAUAGACUCAAGGAAAAGUUUCAUGACGUCCUUCGCCACGCUGAUAAGGAUCCCGAGUUUGAGCGCUUGAUGGGGGAUGUCACCGGCUCGCUACAGGACAUGCUUACCGAUCCGGCAUUUUUCGAUUCCGCAUCUGAGAAGCUCGAUGAGUUGCAGCAGCAGUCGGAGAAGGUAGGCUCUGAGACGGGGAUUCGUAAGGAUAUGGAUGAGUUUUUGGCUCAAGCGAAGCGAACCCUGCGAAGUGUUCCCGCCGACAACGAGGUGUCCAAACUGGUCAAUGCGACGAAGAAGCUACAUCACGAUGCAUACAAUGCCUACAAAGACAACAAGGCUGAUAUCCCCGUUGACCUUGCGAAUAUCUUUCUUCCUAUGUUCUUGCGCAUGAUCCAGUACAUUCCCAUCCCCCGACUGGAAGUGUCGGCGCCGGAGAUGGACCUGCUGCUCGAGAAUCUGGUCCUUGAACCCGGCCGGACAGUCAACAGCUCAUCUUUCCUACCAUACCGCAUCAACCUGCUUACACGCAAUGAUAUAGACAUUGUGAAAAAGCAUGCCAAGCGCACAGACACUACCAUCAAGACCGCCUUCACACUGAACAUUCAUGGCCUCAAUCUGAGUGCCCAAGACUUCGGGUACUGGCUGCGAACACACACUGGACUUUUCUUCCACCUCAAAGACGAAGGAAUCGCCAGCUUCUACCUCGACCGCCGAGGCAUCGAUAUUUCACUCGACGUCGAAGUAGGUCGCGGCCGCCUCGAGCAAAUCUUCUCUCUGCGCGGUGUCCGCGUCCGCAUCCACAAGCUCGACUACAAAGUCUCCCAAAGCAAAUGGAGGUUCCUCCUAUGGCUGACCAAGCCGUUUCUGAAACACCUGGUACGACGUGUCCUAGAGAAGAAGAUCGCCGAAGAGAUUGUUGCAGCUGCCUUUGCCCUGAAUCGAGAGCUGGUCUUUGCUCGGGAGCGGCUUCGUGCGGCUCGUAUCGCCAAUCCGCAGGAUUUGGCGACAUUUGUGCGCGCGGUCCUUGCACGGCUCCGGCCGGCUGAUAUGGACGUGGAAACUCGGGUGGCUCUGGAACCACCGAAGAGUGGCGUUUUCAAGGGCGUUUAUGCGCCUGGUAGCAUUGUCAAGACUUGGCAUGAGCAGGCUACUGCUGCUCAGGAGGCGAUUGAUGAUGGGGAUGAGACGCACGGUGUGGGACACACCUGGCGUAACGAUAUCUUUGAUGUUGCAAGGGCUUAG